GAGCGCGCCCCCGCGGCGCGGAGCGCGGCCCCGCGGAGCGCUCAUUUCCGCGUGUGCUCCGUCACUUUGUUCACGCCGCUGCAGCGAGACAGGAAGAGCCUGGAGACGGAUGUGUGACAAUAACCCACGCUGCUGAACGCGGACUGACUGCCCCGGCAAGAGUCGUCUCUCUGGGGUCUAAACCUGCCCCUGUACGGACCAGCGAGCCCCAGCAGCACCAUGAGCUCCGCCGGAGCGGGACGGAAGAGGUCCACCAAGAAGGAGCGCUCCGCCGCCGAGGACCAGGCGCUCAACCUCAUCGCCAAAGAGGCUGAAGCUCGGCUGGCAGCGAAGAGGGCGGCCCGGGCCGAGGCCCGGGAGAUACGCAUGAAAGAGCUGGAGCGACAGCAGAAAGAGAUCUUUCAGGUGCAAAAGAAGUACUAUGGCUUAAACACCAAAUAUGAUGACAGAGUGGACAGCAAAUGGGGAGAUAUUGAACAAUGGAUGGAGGACAGUGAAAGGUACUCGUGUUCUUCACAGAUGCACACGCUGUCAGACGUUGAUGAGCAGAGAUCUCUGGGAAGUCGUGGCAGUGUCAGGGAGGACAGUGAAAGGUACUCGUGUUCUUCACAGAUGCACACGCUGUCGGACGUUGAUGAGCAGAGAUCUCUGGGAAGCCGUGGCAGUGUCAGGUUGGACCUUGAUUUUGUUGGGGCUUGUGGUGAAGAGGGCUACCCGCUGCAUAAAAAGUCCAAGAAAAAGAAGAAACAUAAGCACAGAGAUAAAGACAGCAACAGCAGUGAGGAUGGUUACAGUGUUUUGUCUGGCAGGCCCUUAGACAUCAUGGGUUAUCCCCGCUCCAGAACCUCCAGCAGGGCCAGUUCAGCCCGCUCCAGCCCAGUGGACAACUGUGGCUCUGUUUCCAACUUCCUGAGCACGACUGGCUCCAGUCUCCACGACCUGGACAGUGUCACCAUCCCCGACUUCCCUGACGUGAACCGCUUUGCAGCUGCAGGACUCCCCGGCUGCCACGAGGAGGACAGAGAAUUCCUGGAGAAGGGGUCUCGUCCAGCUUCUGCCCUAACGGCAGGAACCCUCACCUCGCUAGGGGGCAUGUCCUUGCGGAGAGGAAGUGAGGACACAGCGGUGGACGUAGAAAGCUCCAUACGAGAUAUCAAGGAGAUUCAUGAGCUGAAGGAUCAGAUUCAAGAUGUGGAAAUCAAGUAUAAGCAGAACCUGAAGGAAGUCAAGGACGUGUUUGCAGAAACAGAGGAGAAGUAUCGGCAGGCCAUGGUGUCCAACGCCCAGCUGGAUAACGAGAAGAGCAACCUGAUGUACCAAGUGGACACGCUCAAAGACUCACUGAUGGAGCUGGAGGAGCAGCUUUCAGAGUCACGACAAGAAUACGAGGACAAAGUCAAGGAAUACGAGCGGGAGAAACAUGCUCUAAAAACGCUUCGGUUCCAGUUCAACGAGAUGAAAGAAACUCUAAAGCAAAGUGAAGAGCUUUUAAAUGAGAUCCGUCAGCUGCGUGUCAAACAGGAAGGUUUUACUAGAGAGAUCUCUGACUUACAGGAGACGGUGGAGUGGAAGGGGAAAAAAAUCGGGGCUUUAGAGCGGCAGAAAGUAUUUACAGAUGCCGUCCAGAAUGAGCGGGAUGAGCUCAGAGAGGAGGUGGUCAAACUAAAAGAUAUUCUCAAGAAACACGGACUGAUCCUUGGACCUGACCUGAACGUUAACGGGGAGGUGGGUGGAGCCGUGGUGGAGGGAGACCCCGCAGCAGACCCCACGUCCUGCCCAGCUCAGCCCUCACACCCCCCGCCCACGGAAGGGAACAGCCUGCUCGAGAUUCGCUUGCGGAAACUGGUGGAUGAACGUGAAAAAAUGAUAGAACAGGUAAAGAACCUGAAGGCUCAGCUGGAAGAGAAGGGAAAGAGAAAUGCGAGUGACUGCGGUUCUAUACCAGAUGGGGAAAUUCUUGAAAACGGCAACGGUUCCAACAUCGUGGAUUUACAGAGAGACUCCACGCGGCAAAUCAAUGACCUGAAGUUCAAACUGGUGAAGGCAGAACAGGAAGUGACAGCUUUAGAGCAAAAUGUGACCCGGCUGGAGGGGCAGGUGCACCGCUACAAGUCCUGUGCUGAGAACGCAGAGACGGUGGAGGAUGAGCUGAAGGCAGAGAAACGCAAACUGCAAAGAGAGCUGCGAACUGCUCUGGAUAAGGUCGAAGAGCUGGAGUCAAACAACAGCCACCUGUCCAAACGGCUGGAGAAGAUAAAGUCCAGCCGGGGCAUGGCUCCCACUCCGUAACCACGGCCCGGUCGGCUCCUCUUCAGCUCAUUCAGAACCAUCCAGGGUUUUGCUUCGGCGAAGAAGACGUCCCAACAACUUCAGAGCCAGUUUGGACAGAGCAGAGAACUGCAACCAGCAAUGGGCCUUUUUCCUGUCUGCACUCUCUCAGACGACUGUCAUUUUUGUAGUGUCAUGAACUCCAGUAGGAGAGGACAGACGUGCUGGACGGAGCAGCUGCGUGCGCUACAGUGUCAUUCUCAUCCAAAGCCAAACUGUUUUGAAACAUUUGAGUUUUACAACGUCCUCCUCAGCCCCCACCAAAGUGUUUGGAUCCUUCACCAGUGAAUGUGGAACAGACGUGACCCCCCCCCCCUGCCCUGUCUGCUCCUGCACACGCCAGACCAGCUGGAUUCUGCUGCGCUGUUUACACUUUCACGUGAUUGUUAAGGAAACAUGAAGAACUAUAGUCUUUGUGCAAUAAAAAGUCAAACUGUUCUCUCUGCUUCACCUGUGCCUUACAAACUUUACUUAACAGGAGUCUUCAUCCAAUAUCGUGCCAUUAUUUAUUUUACAAAAAUGAAGGGGAAAAAACGAAACAGUUUGACUUUUAGCUGUGUUGUGAUUGUUGCACAGGUUGGGCCGACCUGCAGAAACCUCCAGAAACCUUCCUACAACCUUUCCUUCCUCUCAAUAGUCAGACUUAAGUUUUCUCAGUGCUCCGUCACAGAUCCUCCCUGUCUGUCCUGGAAUCCCAGGGAUGUCCAGUAACACGAUGACAGAGCUCUGAGAUCCAUGCUGAGCAGCAGUUAGUUCAACGACGAUGUCCUGUAUGGUUUUAACAGCCUCUCUCACUUUUGUGGGAGAAUUUUGUUCCUUUUUUGCUUCAGUUCAUUGCUGUUUUUGGACAUUCACUGCACACUUCUCUUAAAGUCCCACAGCAGCAUUUCAGUCAGGUUGAUAUCAUUACUAUAUUUAGACCAUUUAAAAAAAGGGUAGGAGUCAAGGUUUUGAGCCGUUCUCUGCCUUUUUGCUGCUGUUUAUGGGAUUAUUGUGUGGUUGCACGGCCGGAGCUGUCAGACGGAUGCAUUCACAUCUGCCUCUAUACUCUGGUUUACUGGGAGAUUCAUGGUCCACUCAAUGACUGCAAGGGCCAACAUCGUCACCUCAGCCAUGCUGGGCGUGAUCCGUGUUAGGACCAGGGAAAACAGGAAGUAACAUAUUACCCAGAUCUUAAAGGUUUGACAGUUUAUUGUCCAGUUUUUGUAUUUUAUUUUGACAAGAACAAUAGUAAAAAGCAAAAAAUAAUCCAUAGUCUUACAAACCAAAACACUGAGUAAAAGAGCUGUGACCAGAACUCUUAAACAACAGAACACAACUAGAUCAAUCUAAGGCCUAGUGGCUUCAAACCAGAGGCAGUAAAAGACCAACCAAAACAAAAGAAACAAGCUAAACUCAGGUCACAUGGAAUCAGAGUUACGCAGCUAUUUACAAAGUUACACAGCAAGUGAAAACCUGUCCAAAAAACCCCCAGUAACGGGGCCGGCUGCUCCAACAGACACCGCUGCGUCAUCUGAGGGGCCGCUCUGGUUUAAAGAUAGACUCUUCAGAGAUUGGUGGAGCCCUUAGGGGAGGAUCCAAGCAGGAAGUGACCCGGGAGGAGGUCUGGCCAGCUCCCACCGAGCAGCCUGCAGGCAGGAAGCUGCAACUACACCUGCAAGUCAACAGAAUGGGGGAAAAAAAGACAAGGUCCCUGGCUGUAUCGAUCUGUUUCUGCUGAAAUGUUCCGUUUGUUUUUCUCCAAACACUGUUGGCAUUAAGGCCGAAUGAAUGCACUUUGGUCCCAUCUGUGAAUAGAGGGUUUGCAUUGACGUCACUUCCCCACUGGACCCCCCCUUACUGCACUGAGUGGCAAAACAUCAGCAAAAACAGCUGCAACUAGUGGAGAAGACGGAAUAACAGCUGAUUAUCAGCUUAAAUUAGCGUCAGUUGGACUUGACAGUGACCCGUACAGUUACCCCAAGAACCAGUGGUCCAUGGACAUUAAUAUUUGGUACAGUUACCAAGAACCAGUGGUCCAUGGACAUUAAUAUUUGGUACAGUUACCAAGUACCAGUGGUCCAUGGACAUUAAUAUUUGGUACAGUUACCCCAAGAACCAGUGGUCCAUGGACAUUAAUAUUUGGUACAGUUACCAAGAACCAGUGGUCCAUGGACAUUAAUAUUUGGUACAGUUACCAAGAACCAGUGGUCCAUGGACAUUAAUAUUUGGUGCAGUUACCAAGAACCAGUGGUCCAUGGACAUUAAUAUUUGGUACAGUUACCCCAAGAACCAGUGGUCCAUGGACAUUAAUAUUUGGUACAGUUACCAAGAACCAGUGGUCCAUGGACAUUAAUAUUUGGUACAGUUACCAAGAACCAGUGGUCCAUGGACAUUAAUAUUUGGUACAGUUACCAAGAACCAGUGGUCCAUGGACAUUAAUAUUUGGACACCAAUCCAGUUUCCUGAUAUUUAUAUGUACUUAAUUUCUACGCCGGGGAAAUACACGAAGCAAAGCUUGAAGGCUACAAAAGUCUUGACGCUUGGUCCGACUUCAAGGCAGGAUUUGUUGUAGAAAUUAAAGUGACGAGGACACUGAACUUUAUGAUUUGACCGUUUAACGUUAGCUACCCAAAAAUCCAACAUUACCUGAUACAAAAUGGGAACCUCAAAUCCACGUUUCGGUGCCUGGAAUCCAGUUUUUUCUGUGAAUUGCAGCGAUCCAUUUGUCUCACUUAAGCUUAUUUUUCAUCAGUCUGUAAAACGAUAACUCAGAUUUCUUGUUAAAUCUAUGAGUACAGUCGAUCUCACAACAGCUCUUUCCCAUUUUAGAUGUUUUCCUGUUGUUCAAACUGAAAGUUUACACUGACACUCAGUCUUUCUGACACUCAGUCUUUCUGACACUCAGUGGUUUAACCCGCUGUGAAGUUGUAUCUGUGACGUCAUGUGCAUUCCCUCUAUAGAAUGGUGUUCCAGAAUUCUUGUGGUUUCUUCUAACAAACUUUAAAAUGUAUCAGAAGUUCUGGGAAUUAGGUUUCUCUCAACCUUUGCCUCAGGUUUGCUCAGGAUGGAGGAUGUAAAGAUUCAAUCCAGUCUGUUGGGUUCCCCAGCUCGCUGAGCUUGUUUUUAAUGAAUUAGCAGUGUAUACAUUUUGAAUUUGAACUCUAUUGGUGUAAAUUGGAUUAUUUGAAUUGCAUAUAAUUGCAUGGAAUUGGAAUAUAUUUGAACUUAAUUGGAUUGUCUUUUACCUGUAAUGGACGUGUCUUCUGUGUAAAGUGCCUUGAGAUACCUUUUGUUGUGAAUUUACACUAUAUAAAUAAAGAUGAACUGAACUGUUCAAGGUACAGUUA